AAUUUUUUUAUAUUUCUUUAUUUUAAAUCUUUAGGAAUUGUUUUAGUACAUUACAAUUGUGAUUAUGAUGACCACUCAACAAGCUAAUCCAGAAAAAAAUUGUGCUUAAAAUGUCACUAAAAUGCAGCAUCAAGGAAAAAUCCAGCGAAUGUCUGCAGAAAGGUCCACUUUUUGAAAAAUAAAUAAAUAAGCAUCCCUUUCAGCAGGCUGGCCACGGGCCUGGCCUACUAUUGUUUUAAUCUGCAAGUUUAAUUUAUUUCUAUUACUUUUCACUCAUUACAUUGUUUUCUUACAGAAAUAAUGCUAACAGACUCUUAAACAUAAGCCCCUGAUGCUCAUCCACUAGUCAACUGUCAGUAAAUGGAGUAAUUGUUCAUUAAUACGUCACAUAAUAAAAAAAGCAAAAGCAGUAAGGGAUUUUUGUUUUAAACGAGAAAGCCAUGUACAGCACAACCCUGCCUAGCAGGUCAAUUUUAACGAUUUGUUUGUGUUUCUCUUGUACAGCAACACACACUCUCUCUCUCCCCCAAAUGGACCUUUUGUUUGUAAAGUGAAUCUGUGCAGACCACACUCCCACCAGUAGGUCUGUUUUCCACAAAUAACACGCAUGAUUUGUUGUCCGCAUCCCUUCCAGGCUUAGAGUGUUAAUUGUUAGUCAGACAAUACGAUAAAUUCUCUUAAUUGCAUGAAUUCUGUUGUUUAGAAAUUACAAUAAAGACGUUCUGCAUCUUAAUUUAAAUUAUUAAUUCUCGACCAGUGUCCAGCACAUCUUUCAGGAUCUCAGCGGAUGCACUAUGCUGUUUUAAGGGUGUAACUCAGCUAACUGCAUUAUGAAUAAAUAUUUUGGACAUCCUAAUCACGCUGCUUUUGCACACUACAUACACAGUAGUAAAAUGUGUUCGCGCGCGGGGGUGGUGUGUUUGUGUGAACGCGCCUGUUUGAAUUUAUAUGACUGCGCGCGCGCAUGACAUGCACGUGCGUUCCAUUGAAUAAUAUGAUAUUUAAUGCUGGUUUUUCCCAUAAAUCUCACAACCCAUUAUGAUUUUUAAUGUGUAUUUUUUGGUUUUAAUUUAAAUAUUGUUGCUAUCUGUGAGGAACAUUGUCAAGCACUGACUCACGUUAGUAGUGUUGACAGUGUCCAGCCGUGAAGCCCUGAAGCCAAAGUCACUGUGGCGCCGACUCUUCAUUUUGUUUUCUGUGCGUCUGCCACAGGUCACUUUACAGCUCGAGAGGGCUGGAGUAUGGCUGCUUGUAACUUUAACAAACUAAAAGGCAUUUGUCAGCGUAUAUUUAUAAUCGGUUUGCCGGUUUUGCUCCUCGUCCAGCUUCUAGUCAGUUUAACAGUAACGCGCAGCAGCACGAGCGGGGACGAGCCUGCUUUUCUCGUCAUAAGCAUAGAGAAAAAAAAUGAGGGGUCACUGUCUGACCUGAGAAAACAGAAGAGGGGUUUGGACAGCGGUGUGUUGGGUUUGUGGACUGCAGAGGAUUCAAGACUGACGGGAUACGAGGACGAAAACGAGCUUGAAGGACAGGCCACAGCUAGAGAGCUGAUAUUGCAGCCAUGGGCUUCAGAACAGCCAUCGCUUUUUGCAGAGUUGCAACGUCUCACCCGGUUCAUCACCACUAUAGAGGUGAACUGCUCUGUGGUGCAGGGUUCAGAUUGGAGUCAAUUGUCACUGUCUUCUGGAUACUCUGAUGUUUUCUGCAUUAACCACUGGAGGGGUAAAAAGGGUUGUGUUGCAUACUCAUUCAGCCUGGAUGGGAAGGAUGCGGCGUUUUUAGACACAAUGCUGCAUGCGGAGUGUGAGGUUCAUCGUUUUGACCCCAGCCGCCGAGUGGGUCGAGAACCUGCAUCUAUUAAGCAUCACCGAGUUUGGUUAGACUGGAGAAACCCACGAGGUCACUCACAUACAGGCCUCAUGGGGAACAUACAGCGCAGACUACUCGACAUUAUGGACUCCUUGGGCCACAUCACGGUGGAUGUCCUGUGUAUGGAUUUGGAGAGCGCUGAGUGGCGCAUGUUGGAAAGCUGGAUUAAAGACGGCACUCUGAACCGGAUCAAUCAGCUCAUUCUGACCAUUCAUCUGCAGUGGGCGGGGUUUGAGGUGGGCGGGGCUGAGGAGGAGGUGGUGCGCUUCUGGUACAGUGUUUUGAGAGCAAUUCGCAUUUCAGGACUGAGACUCGUGUAUUCGGCACACGGCCCAGGACACACAGUGCUGAGACACACACAGGCCGACUCACACAGUACAUACACACUCAGCUGGAUCAGGACAAGAGGACAGAGCAGAUAGUCUGUAACUCAGAAGCAAAUCUGUAAAUACUGUAUAUGAUGUGUGCAUUAUGGACCCUUUUCAGAAGACAUGCAUUUAUUGGCAUCUUAAAUCCCUGAAAAUAUUUAGUUUUGAAAGAAAAACAAAAGUUGAAAUUAUUCACUCUCCUGUAAAUCUUUGUCAAACGAUGUUUAACAGAGCAAGGAAUUUUUCACAGUAUUUCCUAUAAUAUUUUUCUUUUGUAGAAAGUCUUUAUUUCGGCUAGAAUAAAAGCAGUUUUUAUUUUUU